CUUGCGUCCUCGGCAUAUCCUUGGGAAGUCCCGUUGGCAGCCCUGCUGGAAAUUCACUUGGUCGCCCCAAGGGUUAGCGUCCUUACCGAUCACGCGUCCGCGCUGUGGCUAAAGCCAGUGCCCUCGGUCAUCCUCAGCGUUUCGGCUUGGAUCCUCUUUCUCAGGGAAAAUGGCCAAGACCCGCGGAGCAAACUGGAAUGGAGCUCUCAGUGAGAUGGUGGCGUUCCUGACUUCUGUGCUUGUUGGGGAAGGCGGUGCUCCGAAACCCCUGGCCUACAGCCCCAGCUUCGAAGACCCAGUGGACAUCGAUGAGCUCUCGAAGCUCGUCCCCGUCCUGAAGGCUGCUCGAGAGUUGCAGGACGACCUCUUGAUAAGGUACAACGACAUCAAGGAGGGGAUCAUGAGCCUCAUAUUCGACAAGAAGCUGGUGCUCGACGCGAGCGUGUACAAAACGAAGGCCCUCAAGAAGCAGUGGGCGGAG